AUGCCGCUUCGACCGCCUGGGGGGUUCCAGUAUACCCCUCCUGUCGCUGGUAUUGGACCUGAAAAGUGGGCGGAUUUCGGGGUCAGUCCGGAUUAUGAGUGGGGGAAUGUAUCUACGACGUUUGAUCUGUUCAAUUGGCCGGGGACUUCGGAGCUGUAUCAAGCGCGGAUUGGGAAUACAACCGUUGGUACCAUCCAAUUGUCCUUGCUCACUUCUACCGCAGGAGGGCCUGCCACGUUCACCAACGUGGCAAAUUAUACCCUUAAUCCUGAUGUUCACGGAUACCCGAUGAAGGUCGCGUAUGCAAACAGUUCGAUUUACCAACUCGGCAGGCUGAUAACAGACAAGAGGACAGGAGAGUUUGGCUAUUACCUGACACGGAUUCCUCUCGACUCCACAGCCAGAGGCGCCUCAGGGUUCACACUUCCAACAGGCCUUGUGGCCUACGAUGCCUCGGCCGUCCAAAGCUGUCAGAUGGAGACGACAAAGAUCUGGUAUUCGUCGCCGCAGGCAACCCUUUACGUUCUCUGCUCUAACGGCGACAAAGCCCUCAGCAAACGCUCCAACAUCAGCACCGACAGUGCCCAACUGUACAUCCAACCCAUCGACAGAAACGACUCAAGUGGCGUGUGGGCCUAUCUAAGCAGCUCCCAUAGAGACCAAUACGGCGUCCUGAUCGACCCUAUAUCCGGCAGCCUCGAUCCACUUCAAUACUCACCAUACCUCCCUGUCACCAUCCCAGACCCCUAUGGAGAGGAUCGAAAUGCAGGCACCCCUUCAACAAGUUUCGUGGAGGAACACCUCUCGCUCGUCAUCGCAGGAGCUGUGAUCGGCUUUCUUUUGGUCCUGGCCGCGAUAUGCUAUAUCCCCUUCCGACGGCGGUGGCGACGGAGCUGGCGCGGAAAAUGGGGUAUCUUCAAAACACAGACUUGGCCACGGUGGAUGCGAAAAGUGCGACUGAAACUCAUCGACCUCUUGAAGGAAAAGGAAGACGCCGGCAGAGGCGAUCGGGAUGCGGAAGGCAAGGCGUUGCAAGGAAAGAGAGACGUCUCCAAGGACAACGAGGACGGAUUCAAUAACACCAAGUUCGAAGAGCACUUAAUGGACAGUCUGGAAGGCCUGGAGGGCUGUGAUAAGAUUCUGGUUACGGUUGACAUGGACCUGAGUGGUCUCGAGAGCUCGCUGACGACGAUGGAUGUGGCGACAGGAUACAUGAGCGACGUCAGACUAGAAGCUCACCCUCGCCCGGGUGUUGUUACUUCCUUGGCCAUUUCUCAGAGUGGUAAUAGUAGCAAUGAUGGUUCAACGUCUUCUUUCGGAGAUGGGGAUUCUCCACCGCCACCAGAGUACCCCACCCUUGCGACACCAUCCGCUCCUCCAAUAUCCACCUCCUUUGAAGACACUAUUAGUAUACCACAACCAAUCACCACCAUCCAAAUCCAAGUCCCCUCACAAAUCCCCUGA